AAGCGCUGCCUUUGAUAGGCUUGCCUGGCUCUCCCUUGUCACGUGACGUUCCCCCGUCACAUGACUUUGCAGAGCUAUCGGCAUUGGGAAGGAGGGCCCUGCCGCGACGGCACCGCGUUCGGGCAGCUGUAAGGGAAGUACAAUGUCUGGGUUCGACAACUUGAAUACAGACUUCUACCAAACAAGUUACAGCAUUGAUGAUCAAGCACAGUCGUAUGACUAUGGAGGAGGAACUUAUAGCAAACAGUAUGGUGGCUAUGACUAUUCUCAGUCAAGUGGAUAUGUCCCUCCAGAGAUGAUGCAGCAACAACAGCCUUACACUGGUCAGAUAUUUCAGCCAUCACCAACUUACACUCCAUCCUCACCACAGUCUUUCUAUGGAAGCAAUUUUGAAGAUGAGCCACCAUUACUAGAAGAGCUAGGUAUCAAUUUUGACCAUAUCUGGCAGAAGACUCUCACAGUACUGCACCCUUUAAAAAUAGCAGAUGGCAGCAUCAUGAAUGAAACAGAUUUGGCCGGACCAAUGGUGUUCUGCUUGGCCUUUGGUGCAACCUUAUUACUGGCGGGCAAAAUUCAGUUUGGCUACGUAUAUGGGAUUAGUGCAAUUGGAUGCUUAGGAAUAUUCUGUCUCCUGAAUUUAAUGAGCAUGACAGGGGUUUCGUUUGGUUGUGUGGCCAGUGUCCUAGGCUACUGCCUCCUUCCUAUGAUCAUACUGUCCAGCUUUGCAGUAAUAUUUUCCUUUCUUCCCUUUACAAAGGGCAUGAUGGGAAUAAUUCUUGCUGCUGGAAUUAUUGGCUGGUGUAGUUUUUCAGCUUCCAAAAUCUUCAUUUCUGCCUUAGCAAUGGAAGGACAGCAACUUUUAGUAGCCUAUCCAUGUGCUUUAUUAUAUGGAGUCUUUGCCCUCAUUUCUGUGUUUUGAGCAUGGUAUCAUUAUUACUGGACUGAAGAGGGCCAAACUGAAAAGUCUCCACUUGGGACCCUUUCAUCGGGACCAGAAAGCAGCUUGUUUGGUUGCUAUCUUGAAAGGUUAUUGCUUGACUUGUCUGAUGGAGCCACCAAAAUGAACAUAUCUUUUGUGUUCCUUUUUUAUAGGAGUCUUGAUUGCAGUUUUGAAUUGAGCUGUAAUGUCUAUAGCUGUAAUACAAGUUCAUGUGUAUACUGUAUAAAAUGUAAAGGUUUUUUUCCCAUUUUUCAAGUCUGGCAAAAUGUUGUUAUGAAAACUUUUAUAGUUAAGUUUUUAUAGAUAGGGAGAAAUGAAAUGCUAAACUUUACUUUUGCUUCACCCAUGUUCCCACACAACAAUCCUAAACAAAGGAUAUACAUUCCCUUUUUUCUACAGUUUAGCAGACUGAAAACUUAUCUUAGUAUCACUUCCAUUAUAAAGUAAAGCAGCAUGCCGUAGAUACACCUUUCCAAAGUUUACAGAAUCCAUUUAGAUUCCUCAGUUUACAGUCAAUAGACCAAAGGGCUUUCCAUGCUCAAAGUCUGACUACGUUUAAAUAUUUCAGUUUCUGUUUAUUUUGUAAUUACUUCUAUGAUCUGUAUAAUUCUGAGAAGAUCUUGUUCUGAUAUUAGAAGUCAAUGUUGGCAUUCAGUAGUUCAUCAAAAGCAACUUGUUUGGCAAGGUACAAAUUGGUCAAUACUCUAGUAUUGACAAUGUGCAGACAAUGUACAGAUUAAAUUUCAGAAAUGGUUGAAAAUGCUUGAUUUAUGGUAAUCCAUCUUCUUCCCUGCAUUGUGCCCAACCUUGAAUUGCCAAGAAGGAAAUUUAUUUAAAUGAUAUGGGGCUUGUUCCCAUUGAAGAAGCAUUACAUUUAAAUAAAUAAUGGAGGACUAGAAUUUAAUAGCAUUUGCAAAGUUUCAGAAUCCUGACCAAAAUAAGUAGCAUUUUAAAAACUUUGUUAAUUAGUUUCCAAGUGAAAACCUUGCUUGUCAAAGAAUAAUUAUUUGCUCUCCUUGUUUAUUAAACUAAUAAAACUGAUAGGCAGACCCUAAAGAUCUUCAUUGUAGAGUGAUAUAAAUACUGGCUGUCCCACUUGUGCUGUAUACAUGAACCAAUGUAACUUGUGAACAAAUACUUAGUCAUAAGCAUCUGUUUUUCUCCCCUUGUGCUUCUGUCUGCUUCCCCAUAAAACCUGUUAUCAUGUGCUCAGCAAUUGCUGGCUAAGCUCUUUAAUAAAUGACUUGCAGGAAAUUCA